AUUAUUUAGUUGUAAGAGUAAGCUUCAUGAAAAACAAAAACACAACAUGAAAAGGACAAGUGUCGUAUCAGCUUUACUCCAUUUAUCUGAUUUAAUGAGAAUCCCUUACUUGAAGAGAUUUUAUUCAGGACAAAUAAACAGCAGAAAAUAUGCAAGUCGCAUUCGUUUGUUUACUCCAGGCAAAACAAAGCAAGAGGGCAUAACAUGCCGUAGCCAAAAUCUUUUUCUGCACAAUGAAAUCCUAUUUCACUGUCAUAAUGGGGCAUUCUAUUAUCUUCCAUUGGGUUUACGAGCCCUGGAAAAGCUCACCAAGGUUAUUGACCAGGAAAUGCAGGCCAUUGGUGCUCAGAAAAUAUCCAUGCCAACAAUGAUAUCAGCUGCACUGUGGAAGAAGACUGGUAGAUGGGACACACAUGAGUUGUUCAAGCUUAAGGACCGAAAAUCUGCUGAAUAUUGUUUAGGCCCUACUCACGAGGAGCUGGUAACAAACUUGGUGGCACAGUUUGAGCAAUUGUCCUACAAGCGGCUUCCAGUUAUGUUGUACCAGCUCACAAGAAAAUUUAGAGAUGAAAUGCAUCCAAAGUUUGGACUACUGAGAGGUCGUGAAUUUGAAAUGAAAGAUAUGUAUUCAUUUGACUUGACUGAGGAAGCGGCAAUGCAAACGUAUGAACUCACAUGCCAGGCCUACUGCAGAAUAUUUGACAGGCUUAAGCUGAAAUACGUGAAAGUGGAGGGAGCAACUGGUAAUAUAGGUGGCAGCAUGUCCCAUGAGUACCAUCUGCCAGCCAGUGUGGGGGAGGACACAUUGUACCUGUGUGACAGUUGCGGGUUUAGAUCCAAUGCGGAACUAAUUGCAUCAAAAGAUGACUCAAAAGAAUCAAAAUGUCCCAGUGUAUCUUGUCCUAAUAUGCGAAAGCAAACAGGAAUUGAGGUUGGACAUGCAUUCCUGUUGGGCACAAAAUACUCAGAGGUUUUAAAGGCACAAGUGAGAGACAAAGAUCAAAAUCUGGUCACCCAGCAGAUGGGAUGUUUUGGUCUCGGGGUCAGUCGGAUACUGCAGGCAGGGGUAGAGGUUAAUAGCCGUGAUGACAGGAUACGCUGGCCUUCCCUCAUUGCUCCAUAUCAACUGUGCAUUAUUCCCCAGAUGCAAGGCUAUGGCAGUGAGACAUUCGACAUGUUAUCAGACGAGCUCUAUGACAGACUUACUAACCUUCCAAACCUGCGAGAUGAGGUUGUUAUAGACGACAGAACUGAUAAAACUGUUGGCAAGAGAAAGUUUGAGGCAGACGCUCAAGGCUAUCCAUAUGUUGUGAUCGUUGGUAGGAAGUGUUUGGAAGAUCCUAGGCUGUACGAGUUAGUAGACACAAGCACAGACACCACAGAGUUUCUCACAUUAGAACAGAUUACUGACAGACUCUCUCAAGUGGAAACCAUGAGUUUAUUGAGUUGAUUAGUUUAUUAAUAACACAGCAGUAGCUCAUAUUUGCAACUAACACAUGAAAUCUUUAGUUAAGUUUAAACUAACUGUCAUGUUUUAAAAGUCACUAAUGAAUUCUUUUACAUGUA